AUGGAAGCCCCUUGCGAGCUCGAGCGCGAGCAAUACACUCACCAAACUAAAGGAACAUCGUCCCAGGCUGCCGGUCUCCGCCCUUCAGAGCAGGACAGAAACGAUCUACAAGUGCGUGGUGUCAAGCCUGCCUUCAACCGCACCUUUCGAGCGCCAGGCAGCAUAGCAUAUACCGUCAACUCGAUUAUUUCACCCGAAUACUUCAUCAUAUCACUGGCAUACCUUCUCUACAAUGGAGGCCGGGCCCUGUUGACCUUUGUCUUACUGGCUCCUUUGCCGGGGUUGGUCUGCCUGUACUGGUCACUUGGAGAGAUGAUGUCCAUGGCUCCCACAGCCGGCGGUCAGUAUCGAUUUGUUGCCGAGAAUGCACCAAAAAGCGUAGCGAAACAGCUGAGCUAUGUGGUCGGCUGGCUCGGAGUACUGGGCUGGCAGUCAUUCCUUACGGCGGUAUGCUUCGGGACCGGAACCGUCAUCCAAGGAUUGAUUGUGCUGCACAACCCGUCCUAA